UUCUCAGUAGGAAAGCAGGCUUUACUGGAGUCUGAGGCUUUAUAUUCAGUGUGGAAUGGCAGUAGAAGGAGUGCACAGCUUGGAUUCCGUACGUGGCUAGGGCAUGCAGAAUCAUCGUAGUCGACCAUUGGUUUAGAUCUCGUGUGGAGCAGAGCACUGUGCUGUGGCCGUUGUGUUCGGUGUGACAUCUGACUGCAUGUGCUGGGUGUAGUGUGAACCCGUGAAACUUAUGGGCAGUAAGUGAUGUUACAAUGGCAGAGGGAGAACUGAAGUAUGUUCAUGUGGACUUCCCACCAAAAUACGACGGUGGCCAGAGUAUGGCUGCAAGAGAUGACCAGGGGCUAGCAGGAACAAUGGUGGACCUUACAUAUAACUGCAUGUCCCGCCAGGUGGCAGCACGAUUUGGCCGCUCGCCGCCUCCUCUGCCGGACAGUCUUAACAACGGAAUCAUGUUCAGUAGUCCCAAUCUUGUUACAACGUCAAGUGCAGUCAGCAGUGGGAGCCAUCUGGUUAAGAAAGUCCCUAACAAGAGUUGCACACUGCCAUCCAUGGGAUUCUCCAGCAGUCGUGCUGCCAUCAACCACAAGAAACCGAUUGAGUUAAGCCACCUUCCAAAACGGCCUCCAGUAGACAUCCAGUUCAUAAAUUUGGCCUAUUCAGUCUCUGAGGGAAGAAAGCGAGGUUACAAAACUGUCCUUAAAAAUGUAAAUGGAAAGUUUCGUUCAGGGGAGCUGACUGCAAUCAUGGGACCAUCAGGAGCUGGAAAGAGCACUCUAAUGAACAUUCUUGCUGGCUACAAAACAUCACGACUUAGUGGAACAUUGCUUAUAAAUGGGAAGGAACGCAAGCUACGGCACUUCAGGAAGAUGUCCUGUUACAUCAUGCAGGAUGACCAGCUGUUGCCACAUCUCACCGUCCUUGAAGCAAUGACAGUCUCAGCUAAUCUCAAACUUGGCAAACAGACUUCCAGUAUUGCCAAACGUAUUGUUGUUGAAGAAAUCAUGGAGACACUUGGGCUUGUGGAGUGCUGUGAUACUCGAACUACAAACCUUUCUGGGGGCCAGCGGAAGCGUCUUUCAAUUGCCUUAGAGCUUGUCAAUAAUCCACCAGUCAUGUUCUUCGAUGAACCAACAAGUGGUUUGGACAGCUCAUCCUGUUUCCAGUGCCUCUCUCUAUUGAAGAGUUUGGCCAGAGGUGGUCGCACCAUCAUCUGCACCAUUCAUCAACCAAGUGCCAGGCUCUUUGAGAUGUUUGAUCAUUUGUUCACUUUGGCUGAGGGGCAAUGUAUCUACCAGGGUAGUGUUCAGGGGCUGGUACCCUUUCUGUCCUCAGUAGGAUUUGAGUGUCCAAGCUACCACAAUCCAGCAGACUAUGUGAUGGAGGUGGCCUGUGGUGAGCAUGGUGAGAGCAUCCCCAAGCUGGUCACAGCUGUUAAUAACGGAAAGUGUAACAAUCUUAACCAGCAGCAGCCUACAGCCAGUGCAACAGAAACAUGCAUAGCCAAUGACAUCAUCAAGGAAAACACUGACAAAGUACUUGUGAAUGGCAUGGCUGAGCACAAAUCUGGCAGUACGGUGUCAGCUCCGGGAAUGACAUGCACAACAUCCCUCCUGGAGUCAGAUGAGAGCUUGAACCAGUGCAAACAGAAUACAGGGUUUCCAACCUCCAGUUUUCUACAAUUCUACAUCCUACUCAAACGAACAUUUCUGUCCACCAUGAGGGACCAGACUCUAACACAGAUGAGGUUUUUCUCUCAUGUUGUGGUUGGGCUGCUCAUAGGGAUGAUUUACUUUGGGAUUGGCAAUGAAGCUUCCAAAGUAAUAAACAAUUCCGGCUGCAUUUUCUUCACUGUGCUUUUCCUCAUGUUCACUGCCAUGAUGCCAACUAUUCUCACAUUUCCAGUAGAAAUGGCCGUGUUUGUGAGAGAGCAUUUAAACUAUUGGUACUCUCUGAAGUCCUUCUACUUUGCAAAAACAAUGGCAGACCUUCCUUUUCAGAUUGUGUUUUCCAUCAUCUAUGUGGCGAUUGUAUACUUCAUGACAUCGCAGCCACCUGAGGCCAUGCGAUUUGUGAUGUUGCUCACCAUGUGCAUUCUCACAUCCCUUGUAGCUCAGAGUCUUGGCCUUCUUAUAGGAGCAGCCAUGAGUGUGGAGAAUGGAGUGUUUUUUGGGCCAGUAGCUUCAGUCCCAAUUCUUCUGUUCUCUGGUUUCUUUGUGAACUUCAACACAAUACCUGGCUAUCUGCAGUGGGUUCCAUAUAUCAGUUACAUCCGAUAUGGCUUUGAGGGAGCAAUGAUCUCUAUAUAUGGCUAUGGUCGUGAGAGGCUUUCCUGCUCAGAAGCAUACUGCCACUUUAGAAACCCAACAAAGUUCCUUGAGGAGAUGGACAUGGCAACAGCACAGUACUGGAUUGAUGCUCUUGCCCUGGCUGGUUUCUUUCUCCUUCUUCGUUGUGUUGCGUAUUUUGUGCUUCGCUUAAAACUCCGCUCAAAGAAAUGAAAAAAUACAAAUCAAUGGUAAAUCGUACAGUGCAAUGCAAUUAAUUUUACAUCAACGAAUAUACUUCUUGACUCCUGCAUCACAGUGACAUUAUGGCAGAAGUUUUACCGCUAAGCACUUACUUGCUUGGAUAAUUUGUUGAGCGAUUUAUUAAGUGUAAGGUCUUUGUGAACUGCACAGACUGUUU